AUGACCAAGAAGAAGCGUAAUCACCCCGAUGUCGAUGAGAUAUUGUCGCGGCCAUGGUGCUACUACUGCCUGAGCGUCCAUAUGAGCCAAGUGCAUAAAGAAAAUCUCACUGCUGUCGAUAAUGCCCUUCCAAACAGAGCUGGCCUGGAUAUUGAAAUAUUUGGCAUGGAAGGAAUCCCUGAAGAUAUUGUCCAGCAACACACGCAGCGUGUCCUUACCAACUACCACCAAGGCCAAACUGAUCGACAAGGAGGUGGUGGUGCACAGGGAUCAAAUGCCAGUGCGCCCAAGAAGCCCAAGCUUGAGUCUGUCUCAGACAUCAAGAAGCGUUUGGCAGAACACAAAGCCGCCAAAUUGGCAGGAGAAAAGGAGAACGGUGGAAGUAGUGGAGGUACAACUCCCAAGCCUGCCGCCUCAGUCGUAGCCCAGGCUCAACCUCAGGCACCAUCGGCUGCUUCUCCUUCUUAUUCUGGCUAUCAACAACCACCAUAUGCGGCACCACCAACCAAUGGUUCGUACAAUCAGUCUCCCUCUUACGCGCAGCCCCCAGCGGUAGCUGCUAGUGCUCCGUAUCAAGCGACUCCUGCCUACGCACCCGCAGUCUCACCACCCCAGGUGGGCGGAUAUGGUCACGUCGCAGUCCCUCAACCUGGUCAACCAGGCUACGGUCAGGUCCCUCCAGUGUCUUAUCCGCCACAGCAUUAUCCUCAGCCAUCACAGUCGCCCUUUCAACCACAACAGCCUCCUAUGGGUUAUCCUCCUCAGCCGAGUUUCUCACCGCCCCCAUAUCAAGCUCCGUACUCAGGUCAACCAUAUCCAGGACAGGCAGGCAUGCCUCCUCGUCCCUUCGGACCGGGUUCUUCAGCUCCUGGCUAUCCUCAACAAAUGCCGAAUCAUCGUGCUCAUUCUCCUGCUAUGAAUGCAAAUUUCCCUGCACCAGUACGUACUGGCAGUGUAAGUCUUCCUAGUGCUCCGGGAUUGCCACAGAGGCCAGCAUUUGGUGCUCCACCUGUGAAUGCUUUUCAAUUUCAGCAGUUACAUCAAGGUCAGAUGCCUGCUCCACAAGCCCAUGCUAUGCCGCCGCAGUAUCCUCCACAUCAACCUCCAUUUGGUGUAGCAGCGGCACAUACGCCUCCGCAGAGCCAUGUCCCUGCACCACCUAACAAUGUGGGUGAUUCUGAAAAUGCGUCAACCCUUGACGAUUUGAUCAAGGACGCCCAAGAUAAAGCCGCGGCCGACACGGUCCCAGCUACCACGGCGAUAGCAACUCCACCAGUGGCGGCUCCGGCGCCAGCGAAAGAAGAAGUUAGUGAAGAAAAGGGAGCAAAGAAGGACAAAGAAAAGGAGAAGCCGAAAUCAACCAGGUUGGUGUAUUCUGACAACGAGACAAGUCCUGAAGAGAGGAUGGCAAUGAUGGCCAAGUACGCAUUUACUCCUGCACAGAAGACUAUCAUGGUCUAA